GUCAAAGGCUGACUGUUUGAAGAGGAGACAGACAGACACAGACACACAAAGAGACUGUUCCUAAGAGAGACUGCGCUCUGUUUAAAAUGGAUUUCUUACCCCGUCUUCUGAUCCUGUCUUCCAUAUUAUAUUCAGUGUGUGGUCAGGCUCCUGUCUUAUCAGUGGAGCCCCGCACAGCAACAGUGCGCCAAGGGGAGUCGGUCAGCUUCAGGUGCCAAGUGAGGAGCGGUGCACCGCCAGUGCAGCUGGAGUGGAGGAGAGCCAAUAACCAAGCUUUACAAGACAAUGCUAAGGUGGGUCCUGGAGGCUCUGUGCUGACGGUCGCUAACUCCCGGCCUGCAAACCAGGGACAGUACCGCUGUGUGGCGACCAACUCAGCAGGCCGAAGCAUUGCUACAGCUGCGCUCAACGUCAAAUAUGCUCCAAAGGUGCAGCUGACACCACCAGGGCCCCUGCGGGUCAGGAUGGGUGUCCCUGUGUCAGUUGAAUGUCGUGCCACAGGCAGGCCGCGCCCCAAAAUGACCUGGAAGCGCCAGGGCUCCACCCUGCAGCUUGUUACCAUGGAGGCAAAUGAUGUGAACACAAUACAGUGGCCUGUGGUGCACCCAGAGGACUCUGGAGUUUAUAUCUGCCAGGCUGAAAACUCUGAGGGGGUGACAGAGGUCAAAGUGGAUAUUAUUGUUGAGGGCGGGCUGGGAGCACCUGUGGCUUCAGUGAGCGCUACAGAAAUGACCGUGGUGGAGGGACACACUGUCACCAUGGCGUGCGUCGCCACUGGUUCCCCUACACCUGUCAUCACUUGGUCCAAGCUACGAGCACCGUUGCCAUGGAAACACACAGUGGUUGACGGAGUUUUGACUCUGACCAGUGUGGGGCGCCAGGAUUCAGGACAGUACAUCUGUAACGCGACCAACAUGCAUGGCUACAGCGAGGCGUACACACAGAUGGAGGUGGAGAGUCCUCCAUAUGCCACCUGUAUGCCUGAGCAGCUGAAGCUGCAGCCAGGAGAUGCCAUGCAGGUUCAGUGCCUUGCUCAUGGCACUCAUCCCAUUGGGUUUGAGUGGAGCCGGAUCGGUCGGGCCAGUCUUCCUCCGGGAGCACAGGCCACCAGGGAUGGAAGGCUGUUCAUAGCUAGUGUUAAACAGAGUGACAGCGGCACGUACAAAUGUGUGGCCACCAACCACAUCGGCUCCAGUGAGGCACUGGUCAAAGUGGUCAUUAAAGCCUGAGCUGUCAUGUCCACAUCAUCAUCUUCACAAUCAUACUACUUCUGCUAGCCUGGAUCAUAGCCUUGAGGACUGCCGAGGGUUAAUACUGAGAAAACAGAGGAAAUCAUACUUACUAGAUCCAUAUUGUUCAUAAUGUUUGAAGGAAGAGAUAUCAACAGCAUCAAACCUAAUGUAUUUUUGUGCUUAAGGGUUAAUUUUGUACUUUUAUAGAAAACUACUGAUGUUCCUCUUCUUUCAUUUCUGCCUUUGGAAAGCUUUACUCCAGAUGCGUUAUGUGUAUGUGGGCACUUUUAACCAUAAAAAAGAGUCAUCACUGAAACAUAACCCUGUUCUGGCAUAGAUGUCUUUAUUAUGUCACAAUUAAUCCAAAAUCUGAAGGACAAAUAAAAAAAUUACAAAGUA